AUGUCGUCGGAGCUCGCCCUCUCGUCCCUCUCGCGCCUGCUGGGAUGGACCUACACGGUGCUCUGGUCCCUCUCCUUCUACCCGCAGGUGCUCAUCAACCACCGCUCCAAGUCGGUGCGCGGUCUGAGCAGCGACUACGUCCUCCUCAACCUCGUCGGACACAGCUGCUACGCCGCCUACAACCUCGUCUUUCUCCUCUCGCCUACCGUGCAGCGCCAGUACCGCCACCGGUGGGGGACCGACAAUGUGGUGCAGUGGAACGACGCCGUGUUUGCCACCCACGCCGCACUCGUCUCGGCCCUGACGGCGUGGCAGUGGUGGCGCUACCGCACCCCUCCCUCCUUGCCGCCCACGCCGCGGAGUAGGCCUUCGAGCCGGUACGAGGCCAUCCAGGCCGAAGAGGUGCAGCAAGAGGCGCGACACGACGGCGAACGCAUCUCGACACCGGCCUCGCUCCUCCUCGUCGCCGCCCUCUCGACCUUGAUCGCCACGCUGGGCCUGCUCAACCUCGACACCAUCUCGGCCCUCGCCUUCGCAGACACCCUCGCCUACAUCAAGCUCACCGUCACCCUCGUCAAGUACCUGCCCCAGGUCGUCCUCAACUACACGCGCAAGUCGACCCGCGGCUUCAGCAUCGAAAACGUCCUCCUCGACGCCGCCGGCGGCGUGCUGAGCCUCGCGCAGCUCCUCGUCGAUGCGCAGCGCCUCGGCGGCGAUUGGAAGGGCGCCGUGGGCGACGUGGGCAAACUCGGCCUUUCCUUCCUCUCAAUCGGGUACGACGCAAUCCUCAUCGUGCAGCACUACCUCGUCUACCCUUCAGCAUCAACCGACACGGGCCGCGGCACAUUUUCGUUCCUCUUCUCGUCGUCGUCGUCGUCUCACGCAGGGGAGGACGAGGAGGAGAGUCACCGCGGUACAGAGAGACAGCGUCUCCUCGAUCCCGAAUCCUCGCGCCGCGACAUUUAA